AUGGGAGUGAAAAGAAUUGCAGUGAUUGGAGCUGGAGUCAGUGGACUAAGUGCCAUUAAGAGCUGCCUGGAGGAGGGACUUGAGCCCAUUUGCUUUGAAGACAGCAAUGACAUUGGAGGAAUCUGGAGAUAUGAGGAAAAUCCUAAAGGUCACAAGGCCAGAAUGUACAAAUCUGUGAUCUGCAACACUUCAAAGGAAAUGACAGCCUAUAGUGACUAUCCUGCUCCUGAUGACUAUCCCAAUUAUCUGCACAAUUCCAAAAUGAUGGAAUAUGUCAGGAUGUAUGCCAGGCAAUUCAACCUUAACAAAUACAUCCGAUUUCUGUCGAAAGUGUGCAGUGUGAAGAAGCACUCUGAUUUCCCUUCCACUGGCCAAUGGGAUGUCCUGGUAGAGACAGAGGGAAAGCAGGAAACCCACGUCUUCGAUGGAGUCAUGGUAUGCAGCGGCCACUACACUGAUUCUGUUUUGCCACUGCAGUUCUUUCCAGGUAUCAAAAGGUUCAGAGGUUCCUAUUUCCAUAGCUGUGACUACAGAACACCUGAAAAAUUUGUAGAUAAAAGAGUCCUUGUCAUCGGCAUUGGGAAUUCUGGAGCAGAUAUAGCAUGUGAACUCGGCCACAUGGCUAAACAGGUGUUCAUCAGCACAAGGCAAGGUGCAUGGAUACGGAACCGAGUUUGGGAUAAUGGGUACCCCAUGGAUGUUGCCCUCUUCACUCGCUUUAAGAGUAUUCGUGAUGAUUUUCUCCCCACUUUCUUGAUCAACCAAUGGUCAGAAAACAAAUUAAAUGCCAAAUUUAACCAUGAUACUUAUGGUCUGCAAUCACAGCACAGAUUUCUCAGUCAGCGAGCAACUUUCAGCGACGAGCUACCCAACUGUAUAAUUUCUGGAAGAGUGCUGGUAAAACCAAAUGUGAGAGAGUUCACUCAGAUGUCAGCCAUCUUUGAAGAUGGCACAGAAGAGGACGUUGAUGUUGUCAUUUUUGCCACAGGAUAUAAAUAUUCUUUCCCAUUUUUGGAAAAUGAUGAAACCGUUCUGGACGGCCAGCAUUCCAUGUUUAAAUUUGUCUUCCCUCCUCAGCUAGAGAAGCCAACAUUAGCUUUCAUUGGCAUCCUCCAGCCAGAGGGAGCCAUCAUUCCCACGUCAGAACUCCAGAGCCGAUGGGUUGUACGCAUAUUCAAAGGGCUGAACAAAUUACCCUCCAUGAAUGACAUGUUGGCUGACAUCAAACAGAAGAGGAACAAACUAGACAAAGAAUACGUGAAAAGCCCACGUGUGGCUCGAAACGUGGCGUUUGUGAAGUACAUGGAUGAGAUUGCCUCCGAAAUAGGAGUGAAGCCCAACCUUCUCUCUCUCUUCUUCUCAGAUCCAAAAUUAGCAUUAGAGGUAUUAUUUGGUCCAUGUACUCCAUACCAGUACCGCCUGCAGGGCCCAGGGAAAUGGCACAAGGCCCGGGAGGCCAUCCUGACCCAGAGAGCACGGAUCAUCAAACCCCUGAGGACUCGCAUCCUCAGCUGUGACCAGCCUCCCUCCUUUGUAUCACUUUGGCUUAAACGUAUCUGUGCUGCUCUUCUUCUCUUUGUUUUCUCUCUGCUCGUUUUAAAAGGGUAA